AUGGAAAAAACCAAAACAAAGCAAGGAGAGAAUGAACAUAUGCCGGUGAAUAAUCCUUCCACACAGAUUUACCAGUUGCAGGCGCUAGCCUCGGAACUCAAAACUGGUUUCACAGAAGCAAUGCAGGAACUGUCAAGAAUUCAACAUGGAGAAUAUGCUUUGGAAGAAAAGGUUAAAAGCUGCAGAUGUUCCAUGGAAGAAAAAGUUACUGAGAUGAAGAAUUCAUUAAACUAUUUCAAGGAAGAGCUGAGUAAUGCCAUGUCAAUGAUCCAGGCCAUCACUUCCAAACAAGAAGAAAUGCAACAGAAAAUUGAACAGCUUCAACAGGAGAAACGAAGAGAAUCUCGAAAAGUUAAAGCCAAGAAAACUCAAAAAGAAGAACACAGCUCCCAGGCUGGGCCUGCACAAGCACAGGGAAGUCCUUUCCGUUCAAUCAACAUCCCUGAGCCUGUUCUUCCAAGUGAAGACUUUAGCAACCUUUUGCCUUCUCAGGCCUACGAAAAAGCCCAAGAGUCCAGACCCGUUCACGUAGCAGACAGCAAUGUGAAGGGAAUGAUGGGUCCUGGAGUGAACCCAACUCCAGAAACAGAAGAAAACCUCAAGUCUUGCCUCUCAGCUGAUAUCCAGUCCAAGGGCCAUCUCCCAUCUGGCAUGUGGAGGCAGCCUAAGGAUGGUAAAGAGUGGGGAGACGAAUAUGUCACGAAAGACCACCCAGAUAAACUCAAGGAAACUGGCCAGGGCAGACACAGCUCCCUGGAGAAUGUUUUAUGCGAAACCUCUUUAGCAGCUAAAAGACAGACUGUGGCUCUAGAACUGCUCGAGUCUGAAAGAAAAUAUGUCAUUAACAUCUCUCUGAUCCUGAAGAUAAAGGCAACAUUCCAGGGGUCAGAUGGAAAGAGGAAUUCCAAAGAGAGAAGCCUCUUCCCUGGCUCUUUACGGUACCUUGUCCAGCAGCACCUGGAUUUGCUUCAUGCACUGCAGGAAAGGGUCCUCAAGUGGCCGCGCCAAGGAGUUCUUGGAGAUUUAUUCCUUAAAUUAACAAAUGAUGAGAAUAAUUUCUUGGAUUAUUAUGUUGCCUAUCUGAGGGACCUGCCUGAGUGCAUCUCAUUGGUCCAUGUGGUUGUUCUGAAGGAGGGCGAUGAAGAGAUUAAAUCUGACAUCUAUACGCUGUUUUUUCACAUAGUCCAGCGCAUCCCUGAAUAUCUGAUUCAUCUGCAGAAUGUCCUGAAGUUCACAGAACAGGAACACCCUGACUAUUACCUGCUACUGGUGUGUGUUCAGCGCCUCCGGGUGUUUAUCUCACACUACACCCUGCUGUUUCAAUGCAAUGAGGAGUUGCUUAUUCAGAAACGGAAAAAGCUCAAGAAGUCAUCCAUGGCAAAGCUGUACAAAGGGCUGGCUUCUCAGUGUGCAAAUGCCGGGCAAGAUGCUUCCCCCACUGCAGGCCCUGAGGCUGUCCGUGACAGUGGGAUCCACUCAGAAGAGAUGCUGCAACCAUACCCUUCUGCUCCCAGUUCUGGCCCUGCUGUCACACACUUGAUGCCCCCAGUGAAGAAAAGCCAACAGCAGCAAAGCUUGAUGGAGAGCAUGCAGCCCGGGAAGCCCAGUGACUGGGAGAUCGAGGGCCGGAAGCACGAGAGGCCCGAGAGCCUCCUGGCGCCGGCGCAGUUCUGUGCGGCCGAGCAGGACGUGAAGGCGCUCGCCGGGCCCCUGCAGGCCAUCCCGGAGAUGGACUUCGAGCCCUCUCCGGCCGAGCCGCUGGGCAAUGUGGAGCGCUCCCUGCGCGCCCCGGCCGAGCUCCUGCCCGACGCCCGCGGCUUCGUGCCCGCGGCCUACGAGGAGUUCGAGUAUGGCGGCGAGAUCUUCGCGCUGCCCGCGCCCUACGACGAGGAGCCCUUCCAGGCCCCAGCCCUCUUCGAGAACUGCUCGCCCGCCUCUUCGGAGUCCAGCCUGGACAUCUGCUUCCUACGGCCCGUCAGCUUCGCCAUGGAGGCCGAGCGGCCCGAGCACCCGCUGCAGCCACUGCCCAAGAGCGCCACGUCGCCGGCGGGCAGCAGCGGCGCCUACAAGCUGGAGGCGGCGGCGCAGGCGCAGGCGCACGGCAAGGCCAAGCCGCUGAGCCGCUCGCUCAAGGAGUUCCCGCGCGCGCCGCCCGCCGAGGGCGUGGCCCCGCGCCUCUACAGCACGCGCAGCAGCAGCGGCGGCCGCGCGCCGCUCAAGGCCGAGCGCGCCGCGCAGCCCCACGGUCCGGCCGCCGCUGCCGCCGCCGCUCGCGGCGCGCCCCGGACCUUCUUCCCCCAACAGAGGUCCCAAAGCGAAAAACAGACCUAUUUGGAAGUAAGGAGGGAGAUGCAUUUAGAAGACACCACCAGAUUUUGUCCAAAGGAAGAACGAGAAAGUGAACAGACAUCUUUCAGCGAUCAAAAUCCCAGGCAAGACCAGAAAGGGGGCUUUCGCAGCUCCUUCCGCAAGCUCUUUAAAAAGAAGUCCAGUGGAUCAGAAUACAGGGAAAAAACUAAUGAGAAUCCCUCAAUGGAUCCUUCACCCACCAAACAAGAUUUCUUCAGAAACCGACUUGCUCUUGCAAAUGACCUUGACCAAGGAACAGCUGUGUAA